GGCUUUUCCCUUUUUGUCAUUGGGAAGGCGGGAAAAGGCCCUGGCACUGGCCGGUCUUCUAUGUAUUCUGACUAUCCUUUCGACCCCUAAACACAAGGUUGCAGGAAGAACAAAAUAUGAUAUUUCUCAAGUUCGCAAUCAACACCCGAGAAACAAAGCAGCUAUCAGCACCUUCAUUACUGAAUUUGACUGGUCAAUCCUUGAUUCCCUUUCGUCAUGUGAUGAAAAAUGGUCUGCUUUUGAAUCAAUUAUUCGGCUUGGGAUGGACAUUCUCCUUCCCACAAAAACUAUAAAGAAACGGCUCGAUGACCCACCAUGGAUGACCAAACAUUUGAAAUCCUUAAUUGAUCAACGUCAAAAAGCAUUAGCGAAAGGACAUGACCAGUUAUUUAAAAGUCUUCGUAACCGCGUCAAUAGGGAACGAAAACAAUGCCGGAGUAAAUACUAUGACUCAAACGUCAGUCAACUUAAAGCCUCUGAUCCCAAACAGUGGUGGAAAUCUGUUAAGUACCUGUGUGGAAUGGAUCCAGUCAACCACAAGUAUGAUCUCCGACAUCUUCAAAGCCUGUCAUCCACUGGUGAUGAAACUAAUGAAACCAACGAAGGCAACGCAUCUCUUUCACACUUGGCGGAUACCAUAAAUCAAACCUUCCUAGAACCAAUGAACAUGUUCCAACCUCUAAAUUCUGACCACUCCCAAGCCUUAAACGUGUCCGGCACCAGUAACCAAUUAUCAUCUACAAUUACCACCACAGAAUCGUAUAUUUUCGAUAAAUUAUCCAGUAUAGUACCUACGAAGGCUCAUGGCCCAGACACUAUUCCUGGUUGGCCUCUCAAAGGGAAUGCCGAUGUACUAGCAAGUCCCGUUU